GGCUACUCUCGAUUCCUGUCAACCUGUCGUCUCAUCACGCGUGUGCAAAAACCUUGCCCAGCUAUUUCUACUCUUCUGGCAGUCUCGAAGCCGCAUUUAUUAGCCAUCUGAGCAUCGUUGGGGACUUUGUUGGUCCUGUUUAUGUAUUGGAAUUCCUUGACUCAAUGGUUGUCAUCUAUACGCACCGCACCCUCCAUGUAUUCGCUCCACCAAACUCGCAGCCAUGACCAACCCAACUCCGCACUCGUCCUCUUCUUCCUCCGCUCGUGUUAGCCCUCCGCUCGCUCCCCAUGUUCCUCCCGCACAUAGUCGAAAACAAAGUCAACAUGUUCCAUCUAUACCUAGUCGUCUGCGAGAAAACGUCGUCAUGUCCCCCGAAGAGACAAUGGCCAGAUCCAUCUCGGCUGAACACCUGGCUGGCCCUACCCGACUGAACCUGUCUCCUCCUGCUCUACAGCCACACCAAAAUACUCCCACGAUCAUUGAGCCUGAGCCAAGCAAGUUGUCAGACUUGGAGAAUGAGUCAAUCACUGUGGAGAUUGACGAGCCCUCUACCCAAGAGGUUAAUGCCACAACGAGUUUAUUGGGCAACUACAACCAUCAUAAUCGCGCGUGUGGCUUACGGAAUUGCAACCAUGGCACCUUCUCGCCUCGUGCCCCUUCCAUUAGGAGUACCUAUAGCAGCCUUGACAGUUCGGUCCAAUUCGGUGGCAGAUAUGGAGCCACUAUUGGAGACGAUGGCGGCCCAAGAGACAUAUCUCACGGCAUCCUCGGCGACGCCGUGGCAGAUUCUCUUACGGGAAAUAAAGGCUCCAGCACCACCAGAUGGCUGGCACAUAAACAUGGCAUCAACAGUCCUCGAUUCAUGUACUUUUCAUAUUACUUUCCCUUUGUCAAGUGGGUGAGACAGUAUCGUUGGUCAUGGCUGAAAGGAGACCUGAUCGCUGCCUUGACUAUGGCUUCCUUCUAUAUUCCAAUGGCUUUGUCCUAUGCUUCUAACCUGGGCCACAUACCACCAAUCAAUGGUCUUUAUUCCUUCGUCUUCAGCCCUCUGAUAUAUGCCUUGUUGGGAACUUGUCCCCAAAUGGUCGUUGGACCUGAGGCUGCAGGAUCGUUACUUGUGGGGAGUGUGGUUAAAAGUUCCAUCGAGUCUGGGGGGUCGGGCGAUGAUGACAAUGUCCUCAAUGCCCAGAUUGCAGGGGUUGUGACUGGUAUUGCUGGAGCGGUGAUUUUCGUCGCUGGCCUCAGCCGACUAGGGUUUUUGGACAGUGUUCUGAGUCGACCUUUUCUCCGUGGCUUCAUCAGUGCCAUUGGCUUUGUCAUUUUCGUUGACCAGCUAAUUCCUGAGCUGGGUCUGGCUCAUGAGGCUAAGGAAGAUGGCGACGUUGCACAUGGUAGUAGUGCUCAAAAAUUGGUUUUCCUGGCCCGAAAUAUUUCUAAAUCACACGGCUUGACAGCCGCUGUAUCAUUUACGAGUUUUGCCGUCAUUAUGGUAUUCAGAACUUUGAAACGAAAGCUUCAACCACGCUUUCCCUCUGUCGCAUACUUUCCAGAUCGUUUUACUGUGGUAUUCUUGGGAGCUGUUCUUACCUGGGCUUUUGGGUGGGAUAAACAGGGGUUGGAUAUUCUCGGAAAGAUCGAAUCAACAUCGGGAACAAAGGCGAUCCCCUUCCAAUGGCCAUUUACAUUCCGCCAUAUGAAACAUAUCGAUUCAGCAUUGAGCACGUCGUUUUUGAUCGCUCUUCUUGGAUUCUUCGAGUCGUCCGUGGCCGCAAAAAGCUUGGGCGAAGGCACCCAUGGUCUGCAUGGCAUGAGCUUGAGCGCCAAUCGAGAAUUGAUCGCAUUGGGCGCGGCCAACAUUGUCGGAGGAUGUUUCAUGGCCCUUCCCGCAUUCGGUGGCUAUGGUAGGAGUAAGGUGAAUGCAGCAACUGGUGGGACAACACCCAUGAGCAGUAUCCUCCUCUCCAUCCUCACCCUCAUCUGCGUCUUUUUCGUGGUACCAUACUUCUACUACAUCCCUAAAGGGGUUCUUUCAGCCAUGAUCUCGGUGGUUGCAUAUUCGCUCAUUGAAGAAUGUCCGCAUGACAUCAAGUUUUUCUUCAAGAUCCGGGGCUGGACGGAGUUGUCACUGAUGUCCAUCAUCUUCCUGGCCACAGUCUUUUAUUCGCUCUCUACAGGAAUAGCGUUGGGUGUUGGCUUGUCACUCCUCCAGCUGAUCCGCCAUGCCACCAAACCACGAAUUCAGAUUCUAGGAAAGAUUCCUGGCACUCAUGAAUUCGAAAAUGCGGAGCUGUCGCCUGAGAACAUUGAAUAUAUCGAAGGCGUUCUUAUCGUCAAGAUCCCCGAGCCACUGACCUUUGCAAACACAGGCGAGCUCAAGAAUAGAUUGCGACGGCUGGAGCAGUAUGGGACUAAUGCUGCUCAUCCCUCAUUACCACGGGUCAGACACGAAGAAAACAACCGGAACAUCAUUUUCGAUGUCCAUGGCGUUACCCAGAUCGAUGGGUCCGGCACGCAGGUUUUCACAGAAAUCGUGGAGGAAUAUGUCAAGAGGGGCAUAAGGGUGUUCUUUUGUCGAAUACCUCACCGACGAAGCCAAGUCUUCCAAGCAUUUGAACGGAGUGGCAUCGUAGAACUAUGUGGUGGAAGACGAAGAUUUGUCGGCAGCGUGGACGAAGCAUUGAGGGCGUCUGAAGCUGAAGACUUGGAAGAAUACUUUGGCGAACGCCUUCGCGGCCAUGAGCGAGAAACUCAAUGGUAAGUAUCAGGGAGUAUAAAUUAUCAGUAUUCUGAGCGAAAUGAAACUUUUUGACGA